UUUUACAAUUUUUUUAGAAUCUUGUAGGAUAGAUGUAAAUUUCCCUUUUUAUUUUCCCACUUAAUUAGUCACCCACUUUCUUCUUCAUCUCCCUCACAAGGCUGCCAAAUUCCUUUUUUUUUNCCUCAAAAUUAGUCUCUCUCAACCUCGUGAUCAGAUCUAUAGCCUCCUAAUUCUCUAGCAAUGGGUGAGAAGGUGACUGUCAUGGUACUCAAGGUUGAUCUCCAGUGUUCUUGCUGUUACAAAAAGGUCAAGAAAGUUCUAUGCAAAUUUCCCCAAAUUCGAGACCAGGUAUAUGAUGAGAAGGCCAACACGGUCACAAUCACAGUUUUCUGCUGCAACCCUGAGAAAAUUCGAGACAAAUUGUGCUGCAAAGGUGCCCCAGCCAUCAAAAGCAUUGAGAUCAAAGAGCCACCCAAACCCAAGCAGCCCGAAAAGCCCAAAGAGCCCGAGAAACCCAAACAGCCAGAAAAACCCAAAGAGCCCGAGAAACCCAAACAACCCGAAAAGCCCAAAACCGUUGUGAUUGAAAUGCCCAAGGAACCAGAGAAACCCAAACAACCCGAAAAGCCCAUAACCGUUGUGAUUGAAAAGCCCAAGGAACCAGAGAAGCCCAAGGUGACAAUCAUAGAGAAGCCCAAGGAACCAGAGAAGCCCAAGGUGGCUAUCAUAGAGAAGCCCAAGGAACCAGAGAAGCCCAAGUUGGCAAUCAUAGAAAAGCCCAAGGAGCCCGAAAAACCAAAAGAAGUGGAGAAGCCCAAAGAAAAGCCCAAGGAAGUGGAGAAGCCCAAAGAAAAGCCCAAGGAAGUAGAGAAGCCCAAAGAACUUCCAAAAGUCGAGCCCCCAAAAGUACCGGCACCGGCACCAAACCCUCCUCCGCCGGAGCCAAUAAUGUGGCCGGCCAUUCCAAUGCCUGAACCGAACCCUCCUUUGCCGGAGCCGGUACCGGUAAACUGGUACCCACCGGCUUUUCCGGUGCGCACGUGUUGCGGGUCGUGCUACGAAGGUUAUGGUGGAGGCCCAUGUUAUCAUGGGUAUGGAACUCCGCCACCUCCGCAGCCAUGCUAUGAUGACUACUGUGGGUAUGGGUAUGGUAGGGGAUGCCACAUCAGCAAAUCAUGCGAUUACUACUUCAGUGAUGAGAAUCCACGUGGCUGCUCCAUCAUGUGA